AGAGUGGAGUGGAACCAGGAAGAGGAGGAGAGGGGAAGAAAAGGAGACUGAGGAGAGGAUCAGGUGAGAAAGGUGGCGAGGAGUGAAAAGGAGGAAAAGGGGAGCAGAGGAGUGUGUGGACCAAAGAGAAGGAAGACAAAAAGCAGCUUGCGGAGGAUGUGCAUGUUUAUUUAAAGGUAUCUGAGGCUGUACAGCAUUGCUGGCUUACUGUUCCUGACUGACAGCUUCAUCGAAUUUGGACCAGAGGGUCUGCCUCCCCCUUUUCUCUUAGUACACAUUGCAAGGUUGUUUAUUGCUCUCUGGUGUGGAGGGCCUCCCAAAUACAGACCAAGACUGGCUGCAUGUAUCACCCACCCGAGCUGUACUCUGGCCGUAAUACAUGGGACUCCUACCCAGCUGGAGGACCUAACAGAGGACAAUGGGCUCCUGUAAACAGUCGCCCGUGGAGCCACCCGCAAAGAUGUCAAGGAGGGCGCAAUCAAACACAUCCUUCACCUUCAAGUCGUCUUUAUAAUAGGGGGGAGAGAACAGUCAACCAUGUCCAGGACAAAGGCAUUUCAAAGGGGCACAGACAGAAUCUAAAUGUCUGGGAUGGUAAAGAGCAACCAUUUGAGGCCCCAAGAUGGCAUCACAACUCCACACGCUCAUUCCACAACAGAGUUGCCACCAACAGUGGUUAUUUAACAGGACCUGGAGAGCGCUACGCAAACUGGGACAACAAUGUCGGCAACUCUGUGCAUGGGGGUCCUCACCUGCAUCACAACAACAGAGAACUCCAGUCCCCACCAGAGAGAUGGGCCCCCUCAGACAGCCGCAGGAACUUCUCAGGCAGCAUGAUAAGCAACAGACCAGGGCCCUGGAAACGGCCAGCCCUCCAGAGAGACCAACUGCAUCAGUACAGUCCACCCACACAGCAUCCUUUAACCCUGAGGGCAGAGUGUCCAGCUAAGAGGCGAAGGGACUCUGGCACAGAUCAGUCAUCUCAUCCUGGAUUGAGGCAUUUACCUUUAUUUGCCCAUGCCCCAUCACCACCCCGCCACCAACGCUGCAACCAAGAAGACUGGAAGCCUCAUAAUGACAGGGUGGGUCCUUCCCACUACUCUGACCACAGGACCUCAACAACAAAGCAACAGGAAACCUCUAAACUGCGAGCUGGAGGGCAGGGCUUCAGUAGCUGCAGUUUAGCAGCUCUAAACCAGAGUUGUGGCAGCAGACCACCACAUCAUGGAAGCAGAGGGAAGGUCAACCGGAAAAACUCGUCUUCACCAGCAGACCACACCCGUGUGCCUUACAGCCACCAAAACCAUUAUUACCAUUGUCAGCGGCACACAGGCCAUGCCAGAGCCCUACAACACAACCCCCCACUCCACUCCCUGGAGGAAAAAGACUCAUGGAGCCAUCAUCACAAACAAAGCACAGAACCUCAGUGCACUCAUCUAAGGGGCAAUUCAAGGGAUCUUGCCCCCUCCAAGUCUUCUGGUGCAAACUCUCCUCCCUAUUCAUCCAUUCUCUGCAGUUCUAAAGACGGAGGUUCUACUGCCAGCAGUACACGUGCGCCCUCAAGUCAUUCUUCGUGCAUGGCGGCCAGUGGCAGAAAAGAUCUAUCAGUCAUGCAUCAGUCUAGUCCUGGCUUCAGUGGACAGCAGAAACUCCAGGGAAACCCCAGUGACAUCUUGAGACCUAGCCUGACAUCUACCGCAUCUCUUACAUCUCAUGCUGUUCCGAAAUCCAGGUUUUCAGAUAUCAAAUACAGAAAAACCUCACAGCCCCUCUGUUCACAACUAUCGCCCCAAAGUAGAUCAAAAGCAAACAAACCUAAGGAGAAGUUUAGAGAGCACAAACAACCUGGGUGCAAACAAAAAGAUAAGGUGGGGAAAAAGGAGAGAGAGAGUGACAUUCAAAAAACCAAGAGAAAGGGUGACGAAAGAAAAAGGCAGAAGAAAAAAGAGGAGAAAGGUUUGGCUGAGAGGAAAAAGAAAAGAGAUAAAGCAGUUAAAAAAGACAGAAAGUUAGGCUCAAAAAUCACAGAACGAGAAAUACUUGCUUCCAUUUCUGCUUCCAACUCUUCAGGAGAGGUCAAAAAGAGUAAAAUGGAGACUACAACUCUGACCCCAGAAAAUCCAAGCCAGACACAACCCAAACACAAGCACAGAGAGGGGAGUAAAUGUGUAGAGAGGACACACAGGCUAUCUGCAAAUACUCCACAUACAAGCUGGACUUCACCACAGCCAGCCUCAAAAUCUGAAAAUCACAGAAUUCCCAAAAGGAACAUCUGUCUCCAGAAACAUUCUGUCAAGGAUCACCUCAUGCAGUCUCCUCCCAGGAGCACCAGCCUCAAUCAGACCUGCAGGGAACUGACUGUUGUCUCAUCCCAGUCAGAAGACAGACCAAAAGAAAAGCCUGAUGAUACACUCCCUUCACUUUUAUUUAAAGCCUUAGCACCACUCAGUACAGCUUGUUCUAUGAGCUCAGAGCAGUUGGUCCACAGUAAAGAAGCUGGGCAGGGAGCAGUUCUCACUGCCCCAGAUCUUCAGCCUGUGACUGUCAUGGGGAAUUUAAGGGAAAUGGGAGACAACCUCGCAAACACUCCGCCUGUUCUGAGCUGGCAGGGCUCUCCAGUAUCAGUUCUGGGAGAGGAUGAAGAGGAGCUAGAAAAGGGAGUGAUAAGUAGACCUGUUCUCCAGCCCAGCCCCACCCAGUGCUUUUCUCCUCCUGUAGACAGUGAGAGCACUGAUGAUAUGAGUACAGAGUCUUGUGAAAGACUACUGGAUGAUUAUUCACAUAAUGAACUCUGUGAUCUGCCUUGCACAGCUGAACAAGUUGCUGAGGAAGGAAAGGAAGAAAAGGGGGAGAUCAACAGAGAAACUUCUGGAUCUCUUCUUCAUGAGCUUUGUCACCAUAAAACAGGACUGGAUGAUGUUUUUAAGAGCCUGGCCACCUUUCUCGGAGGCCAGAAGGUCACAUGUCGAGGUGGUCCAUUUGGUGGACCUCCUGCUAGCAUUACAAAAGGGGUGAAGUACUCCUCUUCUCUUGCAUUUGGACCAGAGAUCCACUGUCAUGAGGUUCAGGAUAAAUCAGAUCCCACAGCAUCACUAAUCCACACUACCUCAGACACAUUUUUGAAAUCUCACAGUAUGAAAGAUCUGAGUGAGCCUAUCAUGGACACCCUGGCACAGAAGAAGCAGGAAAAGAUGGAGAAUUAUAUAAAAGAGAAACAAGAGGAUAAGAAUUCAGAGAUCCUCCCUGAGAGAAUUGAGUCGUCGCUUUUGGAUGGGUCACUGAGUGCAGAGCUGAGACUGACCACCACAAAUACAACUUCUUUCACGGGCCUCCUGAAUGUUUCCACCAAGGAGGAGAAAGAGCACAGUGAAGAGGCAGAACACAGACAUACAGAGAGCAAAAGAAGACAUAAGGAUAAGGAUGGAGAAACAGAAAAAGAAAACAAGAUUAUGAUAAAGACAGAAGAAGGCAAUGUUGUCUGUCGAGAAAUAAGUAAUAUGGAAGACAGGGAUGUUUCAUCCUCAGUGCCAGAUGCCUCCAGAAACUCAUCUAGACCUCUCAAAGAUAGUACAAAGGGCCAGAUUUCUCAGGAAAAUCAAACCCUACAGAGCAAAGAGAACCAGAGAGAAAAGUUGGACACUGAGAUAAAGAUGGCAACAGAGCAGAAGGUAGAAGUCUGUGAGUUAAAAAAUAAGAUAUUCUCAGCAGCUGGAAACACAGACAGCAAAACCUCAAAAUCAGCAUCAGCUGCAACAAUCAGUACAUCCAAAUUAUCAGUCUCUACACCAGCAAGUAAACCUUCCUGCUCAUUAGCUCCAGUUGACCCACUGAAACUGAUGGCAUUGUCCAUGGGCUUGUGUAAGGAGUUGAGGGUUCUCUUGAUUAAAGUGGACAGCAGUGGAAGACAAACAUUCAACAUAUCAGAGGUGAAAGAGCAAAGAAUCCCACUUUCCAAGAUCAGCAUUGAAAACACGGCCGCUCAAGUGAUCAGAUCAUGCAAGGGGGCAAGGGUGAAGGGGAAAUUCAAGGAGUCGUACCUGGUUCCUACCUUCUCUGUUAAACCUAACAUUGCCAUCAUGACCCCCAUUCCUCGAGAAAAGCUUAACCCUCCUACACCAAGCAUCUAUUUGGAGAGCAAGAGGGAUGCCUUUUCUCCAGUUCUGCUUCAGUUCUGCACUGAUCCCAAAAAUGCUGUCACUGUCAUCAGAGGCCUUGCUGGCUCCCUCCGCCUUAACCUUGGUCUGUUUUCCACCAAAUCUCUGGUGGAGGCCAGCGUGGAAGUAAGAACUCGGUUUCAGCAGCCUGCUGAUGAGAACUGGGAUACCAGUGGCUCAGCACAAACAUGGCCUUGCGAAAGCAGCCGCUCACACACCACCAUUGCCAAAUAUGCCCAGUACCAGGCCUCUAGCUUCCAGGAGAGCCUGCAGGAGGAGAAGGAGAGUGAGAAUGAAGAGGAAGGUGAAGAGACCAAGACCUCAGACCUAUCAGCCACCACAAAAGCUGGUCUGACAUUAGGCAACAGCAAAGGCAGUCUGGCCUCAGCUACCAUUAAGGCCAAUUCUGCUCCCAUCUUCAGCAAAGCCCACUCCGUUCAUUCUACCAGCACACCCAGCUCAGAGCAGAAAACAGUUGGAAAGAUCAUUAAAUUUGGGACCAACAUCGAUCUCUCAGAUCCUAAAAGGUGGAAGCCCCAGCUGCAGGAGCUACUGAAACUGCCAGCUUUCAUGCGAGUGGAGUCCAGCCACAACAUGCUCAGUCACGUCGGGCACACCAUUCUGGGCAUGAACACCGUGCAGCUCUACAUGAAGGUGCCAGGAAGCCGCACGCCAGGUCACCAAGAAAACAACAAUUUCUGCUCUGUCAACAUAAAUAUCGGGCCUGGUGAUUGUGAGUGGUUUGCUGUUCAUGAGCACUACUGGGAAGCUAUCAACAAAUUCUGUGAGAAACAUGGAGUCGACUACCUUACAGGGUCUUGGUGGCCAGUCCUGGAAGACCUCUACAGUUCCAACAUUCCUGUGUACCGCUUCAUCCAGAGACCAGGAGACCUGGUGUGGAUUAAUGCUGGGACUGUCCACUGGGUCCAGGCUGUGGGCUGGUGCAACAACAUCGCCUGGAAUGUGGGGCCACUCAACUCAUACCAAUAUCAACUCGCCCUGGAGCGCUUUGAGUGGAACAAGGUGAAGAAGGUUAAGUCCAUCGUUCCCAUGAUCCAUGUUUCCUGGAAUGUGGCUCGCAUCAUCAAGAUCACAGAUCAGGAUACCUUCAAGAUGAUCAAACACUGCCUGAUGCAAUCCAUCAAGCACAUCCAGAUUCUGAGAGACCAGCUGGUUGCUGCAGGGAAGAAGAUCUGUUACCAGGGUCGUGUGAAAGAUGAGCCAGCGUACUAUUGCAAUGAGUGUGAUGUGGAGGUGUUUGACCUGCUAUUUGUGACCAGUGAGAACAGCAGUAAGAAGACCUAUGUGGUGCACUGCGAGGACUGUGCUCGAGCUAAGAGCCUGGCACUGGCAGGAGUAGUGGUGCUAGAACAGUAUCGGAUAGAGGAGCUGAUGAGAAUCUAUGACAGUUUCACACUGUCCCCAUCACCCUGUUCAAAGUGAGGAGUCCUCCCUGGUGCCAUUCAGCCAUAACCAAAACUCUAAUGGCAGCACAACUGUUGUCUUCAAGGCAAUCUAUUCCUGCAAACACUUUCUGAAUCAACCAAUCAUGUUUGCUCAGUAUUGUUUACAUCACACAAUAAGGUAUGGAUACUCAGCCAAUCCAACUAUAGCUCACUGUCUUCCCCAUACUAACUGCUGACUGGGCGUGUGUUUUGAAAUAGAAUGACUAGACUGGUACUUCUUAUGGCAAGCAUUUCAGAUGUGUACAAAAAUGUGAGCACUGCUAGCACUGAAAAUCAGGUUAUAUGUUCAACGGACACUGCUGUGAUUCAAAAGCGUAGCCAGUAGCCAGUUCUGUGUAUUCAUUCAGGUACUUUUAUGCAAAUUCAGUAGAACUUUUUUACACCAAUCUAGUUAUUCUAUAUGUCCAUGAAUUUGCUGUGAUUCUAUUGUACCAGCAGGGGGAUUGGUUCACAGGAGAAGUAGCGGAUUGUCACAUUUAGCAUUGUAUUGGUUUCUGUUUUUGUUUGAUAUUCAGGUAAACUCUGACAUUUGUAACUCCUGUCUGUAAACUCUUUGAGGUGCUAUUCCAAUUUUAUUUAUUCUUGUUAGAUACUUUAAAAGUUUUACCAGCCUGGAAGUACACCACAUUGGCCUUGUGAACUGUAUUUAGAGGAGAGGUAAUCAGAGCAUUAAACACACAAUUAAGGUUUUAUGUAAGUAUUUUAAAAAAAGUGAAUCAAAAACUUUUAUCUGUUUCUCUAAAAUACGGGUUUACUAGAGGACUAAUAUGGUUUCAUUCUUAGUUGGAAAUCAAGUAUGUAAAUGGAUUUUUUUUUUCACAAUUCCAGCUAAACUGUUGUCAGUGUGGUUUCUAUGAUACAGCUAGAAAACAGUGUUGUUGUUUUUUUUUUCAAAAUGGGAAAGCAGUCCCAGUUUUAUACCUCUUUUGUUGCUACAGUAUGUCUUGUUUCUAGAUGACAGAAAAUAAAUAAUUGUAAAUAGUGAAUACAUUUAUAAAAUAGUGGUGUGCAUAGACGGGGUACAUGGGGGGGAGUCACCGUAGCUGUUUGUGUCAGAGAAGUGCCUGUUACAGUCAGGAAACAGUAACAUGUUCAGAGAAACACAAUCAUAAUCCUAGAAUGCAAAAGCCAAUGAGGGCAAGCAGAUGAUCAGACUCCAGGGCACUUCAGUGUUUCCGUUCUGCUCCAAACAGCCGUCCUGAUGAGGCUCAGCUCCGUGCACUGGCACCAGGCUUCAUUUACUGUAUUAACUGUUUAACUAAAGAGCAGAUGAACUGUGACAUGGGGAAAAAAUUCAUUUUCUUCCUUUUUUCAGUUGAAUUCUUUAAAUUUACUGUAGCUACAGUUUUUUUUAUUGCAUUAAUGGUUUUUGUCAUUAUGUUGUAUUUUGCAUUUGCUUAUUUUUAGUUACAGUGUCAUACUGUUGUCACAUUGCAGAGGUGACCAAAUGUAUGGCAGUGUCAUAACUCUAGAGUAGCUGUAACUGGGAUUUUUGAGGCUGAUACUAAUAUUGUUAUUUGUCAGUUUCUAAAAAUAUAUUAAUACAUCAGCUGAUUUUAAAAAAUCUGUAAAUAUAUAAACAAUAUUGAUAAGGAUCUCUUAUAUUUAUAAUCAACUUGUCAGUGCUUUCUGGUGGAAAAACUAAAGGUGACACUGCCUUUGGUGUUUGGCAUUUAUGUACUGCAGUUUUUGUAUCACUCUUUGGCCAACAUAGAGGCUGAUAUCAGCUGACGUAUUGGCUUAGCUCUUCUUCCAAGUACACCGAGCAGCUUUUUAUUCCUGCGUAAAAUCUGAUAAGCUUCAUUACACUGGACUGCAUUUACAUGCAAUAACUUGGUUGCUUAGGUUUUCAUGUAAAUUCAUUUUCCGCAUUACUGCUGUGUAACCAUUCAACUAAAAUCCCCACAAAUAACAACUUUUCAGAUCUUACCCAUGCUAUCAUUAGUCUAUGCACACCAUUUCAUGUACAUAAUGUAUCUCUUUUCAGGUUUACUAGAAGACUUAUGUAGUUUUGUUCUCAAUCAAAAAAUCUAAUUUGUAUAUGGUUAAAUACAGACAGGUGACAAAUGAAAGAAAAACCCAACAUAAAGUGUCUUAGUAAGGUGCUGAGCCACCAUAACAGCUUCAGUGCACCUUGGCAUUGAUUCUACAAGUGUCUGGACUCUGCUGGAGGGAUGGACACUAUUCUUCAAAAACAUAUUCUCUCAUUUGGUGUUUUGAUGAUGGUGGUGGAGAUGCUGUAUAGCAUGUCGCUCCAAAACCUCCCUUAGGUGUUUAACUAGGUUGAGAUGUGGUGACUGUGAAGGCCGUAGCAUAUGAUUCACAUAUGAUUCAUUUUCAUAAUCAUCAGACCAUUCAGUGACCCCUGGUGGCACUAUCAUCCUGGAAGAGCCCACUCAGUUAUUCAGUUAUUCAGGUUUUUCCUUCAAUUCGUCACCCGCCUGUAUAUCCACCCCAGUCAUUUGUGUUUGUUGUUACUGUAUUAUAAUAUAUCCAUGAACAAUCCUCUUUCACUUUUGUUUAAAUUACAGCAAUGGGAAUUUCUUCCCACUUUUAUACCUCUUUUUGUUGUCAGUUUCUGGUUUUGGAUUACAGAGAAAAUUGUAAAUGGUGACAUUAUUUAUACUGUACAUGGUUGUUUUCUUAUAUAUUUAUUGCAUAUCAAAGGGUACUUCACUUGAUAAGGCGCUACAAGGUAUUUUAAAAUGUAGUAUGAUCAUAAUGUGUGGAUAGGGGAAGUGCAAUCGGGGGCGGUUAAUAUACAUGGUGCUAGACCCCUCCUUGCCUCAGCGCCCCCUAAUUGAAAAGCGUUUAUUGAUGUAUAAACAUAAAGUCACAGAUACAGCUCAAACCAACCAGUUGGUGCUUAGGACAUUUCAACACAGUUUACUGGUUACAGAAAUGGAAUUAUGUAUUUGUACUGUAUCGAGCUGAUAAAUACAAGAUCUUUUUUAGCUUUUUUCCAUUGUAUGAAAUUCAUAAUCUUGUGAGGCAUUAGUGGUUUUAUGAUGAGCAUUAGCGGUAGUUGUAAUUCUUGACACUUUUGUGGAGACUUUUAGGGACGUGUCUUUUGAUGGUGUCGGGGUUUCGGGUUUUUUUUGUGUCUUGUCCUCAUUAUUACUAUUAUUUGAAGGAUGUAGUAAUGCUCUUUCCUCUUGACUUGUUUGAGUUAUGCUGCACUUGUUUGAAAAAAAGAACUCACAUAGAAGAAAACCUGAGCCAGACCUGUCUUAAAUCCCUCUGUGAUUUUUCUGUGACAUACUGUAUUGUUGUUCAACAA